AUGGUACUGCAACGGCCUGCGUACUUAACUGUGUCCUCCAGUGGACUCUAUGAAGUGGAACCUGAGCGGUUGCUAAGGACAGGAACGCCCCCAGCUGCUCGAGCGCCAGGAGCGCCCACCCUGAGCCGUCCGUGCGUGGCACAGCUCCGCUGCCCGGCAGGCUGCGCCGGCACCCGGGCGCCCAGCGUGGGGCUGGGGGAGCCCGUGCGUCUCUGGGUGGAGGGCUCAGAACCCGAGGAGGUGCCCACACCCUGCCCUCGUCUCGAAUUGAGCCCCGGGCGCUCUCCAGGGAGAGACCUCAGCGGGCUCCAGAAUGCAGCCAGGGAAGUGGUGCAAGCAAACUGCGUUCACUGGAGAAAGAAGUUCUCAUUUAUGUGCAAAAUGAGCGCAAGCGCUGCCACAGGGAUCCUCGAUCCCUGUAUCUACAGAGUAUCUGUGAGGAAGGAGCUAAAAGGUGGAAAAACUUAUGCAAAGCUGGGCUUUGCAGAUUUAAACCUGGCAGAGUUUGCUGGAUCAGGAAAUACCACUCGUCGCUGUUUACUGGAAGGCUAUGACACCAAAAAUACGAGACAGGAUAACUCCAUUCUUAAAGUUUUGAUCAGUAUGCAACUGAUGUCUGGUGACCCGUGUUUUAAAACGCCUCCUUCUACGUCAAUGUCUAUACCAAUUGCUGGUGAAUCCGAGUCUCUGGAAGAAGACAGAAAGGGUGGCGAGACCCUCAAAGUCCACCUUGGAAUAGCAGAUCUUUCAGCAAAGAGCUCCUCUGUUCCUGAUGAGCUGGGCGCCUGUGGACAUUCCAGAACAUCAAGCUAUGCAAGCCAGCAGUCCAAAGUAUCAGGAUAUAGCACAUGUCACUCCCGGUCAUCUAGUUUCUCUGAGUUCUGCCACAGGAGAAAUACCUCAGUGGGAAGUACAUCAACAGGAAUUGAAAGUAUUCUAGAACCUUGUGAUGAAAUGGAGCAGAAAAUAGCUGAGCCAAAUCUUGAUACUGCUGAUAAAGACGACGCACUCUCUGAAAAACUCAACAGAUGCCCAGUGAAACAGGAUUCUGUAGAAUCUCAGUUGAAGCGAGUUGAUGACACCAGAGUGGAUGCAGAUGAUAUUGUGGAGAAAAUACUACAAAGUCAAGACUUCAGCCUCGACUCCAGUGCAGAAGAAGAAGGACUGAGGUUAUUUGUGGGUCCUGGGGGAAGUACAACCUUUGGCAGUCAUCACCUUCCAAACAGGGUGGGGUCUGGAGCUUAUGAACAAGUCGUGAUCAAACGCUAGAAGUCAAGGCAGUGACCAGACGCUUUCCUGUGGAUUGAAGGGUCUAACUUUGUAGUUCAGGCUGGCCUUGAACUCACCGUG